AUGCUUAGGCCAAAUGAAUUUCAUGAUUUUGCAGAGUAUCUUGUACUCGAGGCUAUUCCAUAUGUUGUAGCUUUGGUUAGAGCAAUAGAUAAGAAGAGCCCUCGUGAAGCUGUUGAUUUCAUCUUACCACUUUUAAACUACAAUGAGAACAAUGGGAAUCCGUAUUCUGAUGUUUUCUGGCUUGCUGCAUUAGUCCAAUCACUUUUGAUUAUGCGAUAUAAAGCACUCUACUUACAUUUGAAAAUAAGUGUAGCUAAGAAAAGCCUUAUGAUUUGUUGUCAGCCUUGCAAAGGAAUAUUUCUUUUUGGGCCUCCUGGGAAAACACUUGUUGCCAAAGCACUUGCAAAUGAAGCAGGAGCUAACUUCAUCAACAUAGAUGGUUCCACACUUACAUAUAAGGUCGGGGGUGGCGAAGUUCAAUACCAUGUGGGAUACCUAAAGAACGAACAUAUUUGGAACACGUGGUUUAAAUGGCUAAAACCCGGAAUCAUGGAGGAUAGCCCAUUUGAAAGAAUUGCUAGGGUAAAAAUUAUCGGUCUUCCAAUCUACGUGAGAUCGGAGGAGAAUGUUAAAUUGGUAUUAAGUAACCUUGGAAACAUCAUUGAAGUUGAUGGCAGUCAGAAUUGGCACAGUAUCAAUCUCUCGUGCGCCUUUGCUAGAAUCUUUACCGGAGAAAAAUUACCAAUCAACAAGGUAGUCAACUACUUACUCAAUGGGAAAUCAUACACUGUUGGCGUGGCUGAAUGUGAGGACGUAUGGCAACCUUUCUCCAAAUAUUAUGAAUCCGACUUAGAGGAAUCAACGACGAGGAGGAUCACGAACUCUCUGAUUCAGAAGUCGAUGGUAUAUCAGAAACGUGGGGCCAUAAUAACGAACAAGAAGUAG